AUGCGAUUAGAGGACUGGCUGGAUGACCUAUGCGUUCGGUUCAUUGUAAACCUCCCCAGAGAAGAGCUCGAGUCGGUCGAGCGGAUAUGCUUCCAGGUCGAAGAGGCACAGUGGUUCUACGAGGACUUCAUUCGGCCACUUGACCCAAACCUGCCGUCUCUGAAGCUCCGCGAGUUCGCCCUUCGCAUCUUCCAGCACUGCCCGUUGAUGUCACAAUGGUCGCACUACCACCACUCUACCGCGUUUUCCGAGUUCCUGGCUUACAAGACAAGAGUGCCGGUGCGUGGUGCUAUCCUGCUUAACCAUGAGAUGGACGAGGUCGUCCUCGUCAAGGGCUGGAAGAAGGGCGCAAACUGGAGUUUCCCUCGAGGUAAAAUAAACAAGGAAGAAAAGGAUCUGGACUGUGCCGUGAGAGAGGUCUAUGAAGAGACUGGGUUUGAUAUCAGGGCAGCCGGCCUGAUUCAGAAUGAGCAGGAUGUCAAGUACAUCGAGAUACCGAUGCGCGAGCAAAACAUGCGACUCUACGUGCUACGGGGGGUGCCCAAGGAUACACACUUCGAGCCCAGGACGAGGAAGGAGAUCAGCAAGAUAGAGUGGUAUAAGCUGUCUGAUCUCCCGACCUUGAAGAAGAACAAGCAGCACGAAAACGUGCCUUACCAGAAUAAUAACAAGUUCUACAUGGUUGCGACUUUCUUGGGGCCUCUCAAGAAAUGGAUUGCCAAACAGAGAAAAUUGGACCAGGCACGAGCUUCACACCCUAAUCUAGCCUCGCAUGAGGAAACUGUUGGAGGAAUAAUUACAGAAGAUGAGGGGGCUGAAGAACACCAUGAUAUCACUGGCGGUUACCCUAGCCAUCAGGUUUCGUCGAUGCAGAUGCCACUGCCGCUUCACUCUGACCUGCCUGAGGUGUCUGCGCCGCUGGACCCGUCUGCCCAUUUAAAACGUCUCCUUAACAUUGGAGCCGUCGCUCCUACCGCGCCUGUCACUCAACCCGAACCCGUCCAGCAUCAACAUCACCACCAACAACACUCCAUCUCAAAUGUAGAGAAAGGGAAUGCUCUUCUACAGUUACUCAGGAAGGGCUCGGAAACCCACCCUCCCGAGAAUCCACCUCUUGCGCCCAUCCCGGUUCACCCCAGCAGAGCACUCCCAACAGUGCAUUCUCAGCAAACCACACCACAACCCAUACCUGGACAAAGCAUUCCUGCUCCUCAUAUGAGCCUUGGUCCUGACGAUCAGUUCCCCCAGCACAUGCAAAACCCUCCUCAUAUGGGUCAUGUCUCUCAGCAAGCUUACAAUUAUCCGGAUCAAAAGUCGGCUCCCAGGCAUCAGUAUGGCUAUGUGGGACAGACGCCACAGCAAGUGUCCUCCCAUGAACAUACUAAACCACCCUUCACGGCUUAUCCACCACCAUUGCGCCAAGUUGACUCACUGCCUUCUACCUCUACUGCUCAAAAUGUUCCUCCGCCCUACCACCGUACCGGAGAUCCCCAAUUCGCUUCAAGCCAACAACUGCCCAGGAUGAACAUGCCUUCCGUCCCGCCGGCGACCGCAUUGCCCUUGCCUAAACUUAACAGCCACUCGCUUGCCCUGCUCAGUGUGUUCAAAGGCGAGAAUUCUAAGAAUACCACAACGACUUUACCCUCUCAGCCAACUCAAGCACACGCCGAAGUAGAUCCAAAGGCCCAGCAUAAGAACGAACUUUUGAAAAUGUUAAAACAACCUAGUGGCUCAAUUCCUAGAAAUGGCACUAUCGCACACCCACAAGGUCAUGCUGAGCUCGCGACCCAAAAUAGUCCAAGGAUAAAGGCCCAGUCUGGUACCCAGCCAACGGAGAUAACCUUAGAUGGACACGUCAAGGCUCCAGUGAUAUUACAAAACCCACGCAGACCCAGGACCCCUACUCAAGCAGCAGCAGGUCAGACGGGAGCUACUCUAUCUGCACCUCUCAACCUCCCCAACUUUGAUGGAAUUGCUAAGUCGCCACGUAGUCCACGCAGGGAGAAGCCAGCUCCUGCUCAUACUCCAAAGACAAAUAUUAAAAUCCUUCCUCGUCCAGUAGCCAAUAACAAAGAAGCGACCCCACCGGCUACAAAAGUCCAAUCCCCUUCUCCCACUCCACCCAGAGCCAACGUCAGGCUUUCAGAGCUAACUAAGCCGUCCAAACCUAAAAUCCUCCGUCGUCCAGACAAGGAUAAUCUCGAGGCUUAUCUUCCUACGUCCACAGUUACCGUGAGUGCGUUUACGCAGCCGGAGCGUCGAGCAACGCCCGAUGAAGGACCAGCAAAGCAGACACAGGCAACAUUCGAUCAACGAACAAGCCAGUCUGCUGCUCAGAAAGAAACGUUGCUUUCCCUUUUUAGCAAAGACACGACCACCCCGCCAACCGCCGCAAAACAAGAGACGAAGAGGCAGGUGAAGUCGCCGGUUCUAGUUUCGCCUCCUUUCUCGACCCUUCUCAGUCCGGCUACCGAUCCUCUUAAUAGUCCCAAGGAAGCCACCGGUGGGCCUGGGUCCGAUAAACAAAGUAGUAUAACAUCCCCAACUAAUCAGGCGUUCUUGCUUGGGUAUCUAGAGGGAGUUGCGAUGGGCAAGAAAUGA